AUGCCGUACACGCCCCCCUCCCAUCGCUCCCCAACAUGUUCAGCUCCCACCUCGCCCGACACCAGCCGUAGGUCGUCCUUCCACACAACCCCGACCAGCGGAGCGCGGCCUUCACUACCCCGAUCGGCGUCGUACCUGACAAGGCAUCGGCGGACGGCUUCAGCCCCCCAGCCGAACAGUGGCAAUGUCGGCCGACCGACGCCAGAGGCUACAUCGGAGGAUCUGAAGAACAUGGUGUCAAGCAGCAGUGUCCGGCAAUCUCCUCCACCGGUCACCGACAGUCGGAGAAUGCCAAACGGCGCCAUACUGUCCCCGCCUGCGUCCUCCCCGGAGUCACCCUGCAGUGACGAGGAGGAUGGUCCCGAGAUUCGAGGCCGCCAGGUGGAGAACCUGAAAGCACUGCAUGAUGCCAUCAGCAAGAUCCCCCAACACAGGGAAACAUCGCCGAACAAGGCUGGCCCCGGAGAUGUCCUCGUCCUGCCGUCACACGCAACUGCAAUUGUAGAAGGCAUGCGUCACAGUUUCAGCACAGGCGCUCUGGACGAGCUCGCGGCAGGUCGCCGGAGGGCAGCCCACGCAAGAUCGGCCACCGAGCCGAAUGCCUUGAUCAUGAAGUCGGAGGAGAACUCGCUGACGACAUCUGAAGAGGAUUCGGACGACGAGUCGCAGCGGAAGCCCCAGAUGGUGCGCAAGAAGUCGGGUGAGCUUGUCCGACCUGCCCUGCGAGCCUCUUCACACCGGCGGCCCUCGAGCAUGCCCGGCACUCCGACUUUCUCCAAAGUUGUCCACUUCGACUCGCAUCUUGAACACGUCAGGCACUUCCUCCAGGUUGAUCGGCCGCUCGCCGUCAGCACGGGUUCAUCGCCGGCCGACACCUACGAGAGUGACACCGAGUACCCCUUCAGUGGGGCUUCAAGAUCACCCCCUUUCGAGUGGGAGGUCACCAUGACAAACUUGCCAGUGGAGACCCCCGCUCGGAAAGCUCAGGCUGUUCGGCUGGAACGUGUUUGGUUGUCGAGUGACCAGAAAUGUCUGAUAGGAUCAAUUGUCGUGCUUAACCUCGCCUUCCAAAAACACGUCACCUGCAGAUUCACGCUCGACUAUUGGAAGACCACGUCCGAGGUCGUUGCCGAGUACGCGGGCGAGAUCCAGCCAAAGGAAACCCCCGCAGGCCACGACCGGUUCAAUUUCAGCAUCAAGGUGUCUGACAUCUCCAACCUGGAGUCCAAGACACUCUACUUCUGUAUCCGCUACAAUGUGGCCGGCAAGGAGUUGUGGGAUAACAACGGCGGCAUGAACUUCCAGGUCGACUUCAAGAAAAGGAUGCUCCCCCAGAACGGCAAGAAGGGUGUUAUUGGCGCUGCCUCACGGGCCGCCAACGGCUUGCCGCGGAGCUCCCGUCGAGCAAGCCCCUCGACAGCUCCCCGGCCCAAGUCAAUGCCCGUCGGCCUCGACGAGUUCGGAGAGAAGCCCAAGCUCAGCUUCGACCAGUCUAUUCAUGACUACCUGGGCGAGUCCGCGCCGACGGGACUGAGGCUGAAGGGUGUCAAAUCUUCGGCAAGCAUUGCCAGCGAUAACCUCUCAUCCCGACUCUCAGCCCCGAGCGGCCAGGCUUUCGCCAACCGGUAUGACUUUGGUGCGUCUCUGACUGCUGCUGUCAAAGCCGCGAAAGCAGCCCCGCCUCCCAAGUCGGAUGGUCUAUACAUGAAGCCACACAGGGCUCCAACUGUCUCUACUACAUCCGACAAGGCCAAAAUCACCAAGGAUGCCAUCCCCAGUGCCCAGUCAGCGACCACAGCCAACAGGACGGCGGCUUCGGUGACCAGCUCGCCCGGCGGUGCAAGCAUAUCGUCGUCAUCGUACGAGGAGUUGGUCAACAAAUACUGCUUUUUCGGCUCGAAACCCCGCCAAAGUAGCGUUGACGAUGGCUUCAGCACCAACAGCACCAACUCGAGCAUCGGGAGUCCAGUGCAGGGAGUCGGAGCCCCCCUUCACCACGUGCAACAAAAAAUCACACCCCCCUCCGGCGAAUCUAGGAAUGCUCGACAUCCUGCCACAGCAGCAUUAAGCGUCUCAAUCGAGGCAACCGGCAGUCCCGAGGUCGGUCAAUCACGAGCAUCGUCGGCGUCGGGCCCGAGGAGCGGCAGGUCACCGUCCCCUGCUUCACUGGUGGGCAGCUUCAGUCCGUUCGCCGACGCGACGCCCAGUCCGUACCAGCACCUGCAAGAUCGGUUCCCGUUCUCGGGUGCCGAGACCCACGCUGCGACAGCGAUCAGGGGCUAG